GCAAGACUUGUGUCUCUGUGCCUAUCGGCACCGCGAGGGCAGUAAUGAAGGAUUUCAAACCAUGCCGUCCCCCUGAAUAGCUCGAUGGGCCGCCACCACCAGCGGCUUCUACCCCAGGAGACCCAAGUGGGGGUCUAUUUGGCCUUGGUCGAGCUUUCCUGUCAGUGAUAGACAUCUCUACCUUGGCUAUCUCCUCCAUCGGAACUCUUCUCUCUUUUCGCCUCAUUUCUCAAACGUCGCCCUACAGCCACUCUCCCCAUAUGAGAAUCCAUCAGCCAUUAUCCAAAGCGUGACCGUGCGAUUACACGCCAGGAAUCCGUAUAUGAGAAGUCGCCAUGGCCCGGAAUGAAUACCCCGAAAGCGAAGGCCUGCAGGUCGUCCCCGCGCACGAAGGGCUUCAGGUGGUGCCGCCGCAACCAGGUCUAGAGGUUGCGCACAGCAGUGGGGUAGAAAAAUUAGAAAAGGGAGGAGAUCCGGCAUACCAAGGCAUCGAGGUUGCUCCUGGUGGUGGAUUAGAGAGCGCCCAGCCGGCUCAUCGUAAAGGAACCGCAACAUACUGCGGGUUGAGGAAGCGCACGUUCGCUAUCGCUGCUGGCAUCAUACUGGUGGCUGUCAUUGUGGCCGCGGUCGUUGGCGGAGUUGUUGGGUCGAAACAUUCGACAAGCAACAAGAAUGUCGACAACCCUGCCGUCUCCGGAUCAUCAAGCAGUGGCACUUCUCCCACAAAGACAGCUUCCCACACAACAACAACACAACCUCAUUCAACGACUACCUCUUCCACUGGCCCCGUCCCAACCACCGCUUUGCCUCUAGAUUGCCCCGCCAUAAACGGCACCUCCCGCGCCAUCAAAAGCUCCAACACCGGGACUGCCUUCAACUUCGACCUCUACUGCGAAACCAACUUCGCCCCCGGCAAGGACACUGGGGGAAUAAACGCUACCAGCCUCGACGGCUGCGUCCAGGGCUGUAUCAACCUGAUAGAACUCGGGGCUCCAUGCGUGGGUGUCGUUUGGGACUCGGUGUUGAACCUAGCCAUAGGGCAUAAUUGCUUCUUCAAGGAUAGCACGGAGGGGGGGCUUCUGAUUAGUAAAUCUUAUAAAACGCACCCGGCAGCAGCGACACUGGUCACGUAGUGGGGGACUUAUACCUGGGGAUGCCUAUCCAACGCAUCCGGCGGCGGUGAUAUGGAGCACUAAAGGAGUAGCUUAAUAAUGAUAUAUUAGCGUUCGAAUACCAUUUUAUGAAUUUAGAAAAUCAGUUCACG